AUGGCGACAAUAGGAGAAUUCGACCCACUCAACUCCAUCGUACCUGCGACAAAGAUUGAAGUCACCGUUUCCUGCAGAAACCUGUUGGACAUGGACACCUUCUCUAAGUCAGAUCCAGUGGUGGUGUUGUACGUUCAAGGCCUUGGGACCAAGGAGUGGAGGGAGUUUGGUCGGACGGAAGUGAUCGAUAACACGCUGAACCCCGACUUCGUGAGGAAAUUCGUCCUUGAUUUCUUCUUUGAAGAGAAGCAGAACCUUCGUUUUGAUGUAUACAAUGUGGAUACGAGGAGCUCCAACCUUUCCAAACAUAAGGACUUCCUGGGUCAGAUGUUCUGUACGUUGGGGGAGAUCAUCGGCUCGACUGGCAGCAGGCUGGAAAGGACGCUCUCUGGAAUUCCUGGGAAAAAGUGUGGAACCAUCGUCUUCACGGCCGAGGAGCUCAGUAACUGCCGGGACAUAGCCACUAUGCAGUUCUGUGCCAACAAGCUGGACAAAAAGGAUUUCUUUGGCAAGUCCGACCCUUUCCUGGUCUUCUACCGGAGCAACGAGGACGGGACGUUCACCAUCUGCCACAAGACCGAGGUGAUCAAGAACAAUCUGAACCCUGUUUGGCAGUCGUUUACAAUCCCUGUUCGAGCGCUCUGCAACGGAGACUAUGACAGGACGGUCAAGGUGGACGUUUUCGACUGGGACCGAGACGGGAGUCACGACUUUAUCGGAGAGUUCACCACCAGCUACAGAGAGCUGUCCAGAGGCCAGAGCCAGUUCAAUGUUUACGAGGUUUUGAAUCCUAAAAAGAAAGGCAAGAAGAAGAAAUACAUCAAUUCAGGGACGGUGACUCUGCUGUCUUUCAAAGUGGAGUCAGAGUACACGUUUGUUGACUUCAUCAGAGGAGGGACACAACUCAAUUUCACAGUGGCCAUAGACUUCACAGCAUCCAAUGGUAACCCCUCGCAGCCCACCUCUCUGCACUACAUGAGUCCCUACCAGAUGAAUGCAUACGCCAUGGCCUUGAAGGCGGUGGGGGAGAUCAUCCAGGACUACGACAGUGACAAACUCUUCCCAGCCUACGGCUUCGGAGCCAAACUUCCCCCUGAUGGCAAGAUCUCCCACGCCUUCCCACUGAACUCAAAUAUAGAAAAUCCCAACUGUGUGGGGAUCGACGGCGUGCUUGAAUCUUACUUCCAGAGCCUGCGAACUGUUCAGCUGUACGGCCCGACCAACUUUGCUCCUGUUAUCCACCAGGUGGCUCGGUGUGCUGCAGAGGUGACUGACGGCUCCCAGUACUUUGUGCUGCUGAUGAUCACAGACGGCGUCAUCUCAGACAUGGCUCAGACCAAAGAGGCUGUGGUCAAUGCGGCCUCUCUGCCCAUGUCUGUCAUCAUAGUAGGAGUAGGCCCUGCUGAGUUUGAUGCUAUGGAGGAGCUGGACGGGGAUGAGGUCAGAGUGUCCUCCAGGGGGCGCUUUGCUGAGAGAGACAUCGUCCAGUUUGUUCCUUUCCGGGACUACAUAGACCGAUCAGGGAAUCAGGUACUGAGCAUGGCCCGGCUGGCCAAGGACGUCUUGGCGGAGAUCCCCGACCAGCUGCUGUCCUUCAUGAAGAGUAGAGGUAUCGAACCUCGCCCCCCCCUGCCCGCCACUUCCCAAAUCCCCUCAAUGGCCACCACCAACACGACUACCACCGCUGGCCCCAAGGGACGCAGCGUGCACGCCUGA